CUGGAAAGUCAGCGGUGGAAAAUUCAGGCUUUUUGCUCUCUGCUGGCCGCGCUGCCAACAUCUCUCUCAACUUUUGAUCUGCAGCAGCUUAAAAUGAGAGGAUCUCGUCACAUUUUACUCUUUCUCAUCUUCACCUGCUGCAUCAGGGCCAAGAAGAUGCGCUGGUGCACCGUCUCAGAUCCUGAGCAGAGGAAGUGUGCAGAGCUGGCCAAGGCCCUGGUGGCCGUCCUGCCGCCCGCUACUGUUGCAGCGUUUGCCAGGCUGUCCUGCGUCCGAGCAUCCAGCACAGCCGACUGCAUCGACAAAAUCAAGUCGAACCGUGCAGAUAUAGUGGCGCUGGACGCAGGAGAAGUUUACUCUGCUGUGAAGCAGUUUGAUCUUGUUGUCGUCGCUAAGGAGGUUUACGCUGACGGAGCUUGCAUCCUGUCGGUUGCCGUGGUGACAAACAGGAGCUUGGAUGUUCGGUCCCUGCAAGGCCUCAGAAGCUGUCACAGCGGGGCCCGGUGGACUGCGGGGUGGAGCCUCCCGCUUGGGUUCCUGCUGUCCAGGAACUACCUAACCUGGAGCAAAGAGAAUCCUCUCAGCCAGGAUGUUGGUUCCUUUUUCAGUGCUAGCUGUGUUCCAGGAGCUGCCAACAUGGCGCCGCCUCUGUGCACGCUGUGCCAAGGCCAGAAAUCUUACAUCCGCCAGAAGAAUUACUUCUGUGAGUCGUCACACAAUGAGCCUUUCUACAACAACCAGGGAGCCCUCAGAUGUCUCCGUAGAGGUGCAGGUGAUGUUGCCUUUGUGGACCAUUUAGCGCUUGAAAGUAUUAAUGCGAGCGAGUGGGACAGUUUCCGGUUGCUGUGUCCUGAUGGCUCACAGGCUCCUCUGAGCCAGUACAGGAGUUGUAAUCUGGGUCGUGGUCCAGGAGGAGGAAUGGUCACCAGACAUAAUUUUCGCAAGGUUGUCCGCAAAUUUAUAUCAGCUGUGCAGAUGCAGUUUGGUCGACUAGGAAAAAAGAGGCAGCGCUUCCAACUCUUCAAUUCAUCUCUCUCUGGGGAGUCGGACCUUCUCUUCCGAGACGCGACGGAUAAACUGGUUGUUCUGCCGAACGACAUGGACGUCAGCCAGGUGAUGGGGCUGGAUUAUGUUGCACUCCUCAAAGGACUCGGACACGAAGGAAGCUCUCUCCAGGACAGCGUUGUGCGUUGGUGCUGCAUCAGCCAUGCUGAGCAGAAGAAAUGCGAGCAGUGGGCUCUGAGCAUAAAGUCCGACCCACUGGUGUGUGUCAGGGCUGUGUCAAUGCGGGACUGCAUCGAGAAAAUCAAGAGGGACGAAGUGGACGCAGUCUCGCUGGAUGCAACACACACAUUCAUCGCAGGGAAAUGUGGCCUUGUUCCGGUGGUCACUGAGUAUUAUGGAACCGAAUGUGCUCCCGCUGAAGGAUCUGCUCACUUGGAGACGGAUGUGCUGCCCUCGGCUGUGGGUGUAGCUGUAGCAAAGCGCUCCAGCAGGAGCAUCUUCAUUGGGAAUCUGGGAGGCCGCCGCUCGUGUCACGGCCAUAUGUACAGCCCUGCAGGCUGGCUGCUGCCGCACAGACACACAUUGAGCCUGGAGCACAACAGCAGCGCCCCCUGUGAUCCAAACCAAGUGUACAACACGGUGUUUUGGAAAGGCUGUCUCCCUGGAUCUCAGGGGAAUCUGUGCAAAGUGUGCAUGGGAGGGACAGGCGAGGCAGCGACCAAACGCUGCUCCGACAACCACAAUGAGCGUUACUAUGGAAACCUGGGCGCCUUAAGGUGUUUGGUUGGAGAUCCAAGCGGGAAAAGCUACGGCGAUGUGGCCUUCCUCGAGCACCACAACCUUGUCACUAACAUCCUUGCUUUGAAUUCCAGCGGGUGGGCGGAGGACUGGACACAGUCUAACUUUGAGCUGCUGUGUGCCGACGGACAUCGAGCUGCUUUGUCAGAGUGGGAAAGUUGUAAUUUGGGAGUCGUCCCACCGAACAGCAUCAUGACACGGCCUGUGCUCACCUCCAGGGUGUAUGACUUCCUCAUGAAAUCGCAGACUAGAGAAAAAUCCAACCCUAAUUAACCUGUGGACCUACGACCUCCUCAUGGUGUGCCCUGCGUACCUCCCAAUGACCACUGGAGACCCCAUGACCCUGCAGGAAUAAGCAAGUCUAGACGACGGAUGUGGGGAUGGACGAAUCGUUUUCCUAUCGCUUUACAAUCGUGUACAACUUUAUGUUGAUCUAUAACUCUUUGGUUUUCUUUAGACUCUAACAUGGUUACUUUUCUGUAAUGGCAGGAAACUUUGGGAGCCACCUCAAGCACUGAGUUCCAGCUCUUUGAGUCUCAUCAGUACGGGGAAAGUGAUCUGCUGUUUAAAGAUGCAACGCACU